CAAUGCCACAUGGUUUGUCCUAAGCAUCAUCAUCAUCUUCUUCUCCUCCUCCAUCUCUGCCCUUUCCUCUUUGUACUUCAUUUUCUUGGUUAGCAUUAGAAAAGUCUGAAAGCUACAAACAAGCUAAGCUGUCACUCUCUUCCCAUCUCCCCCUCUCUCUCUCUCUUCUAUACUACUACUACUUUCACAGUUGCAUCAAUUUCAAACAAACCCUAAAUGGACAAAAAGAAAUUUUUUAAUGAAGUUAGAGAAGGAAGUGAUCUUGGUCCCUUCAUUUCCUUCUAGUUUCUCUUCAGCUCACCUCACUCUCUCCCUCUCACUGAUAUUUUCUUAAUAGAGUUGUAGUCUUUCAUUACAUUAUCCACUCCUUUAAGUCCAUCUUUCUAUGUGCAGCAGAAACCUCCAAUGGCAUUUUGUUGACAGGUAGAAUAAGUGAUUCUUCACUUAUUAACCUAUACACCCAACUCAUAAAGUCUUCUGCUUUGGAUUUCUAUUUUAUUUUCUUGACUACCCACUUUAUUGGUUUCUUAAUGGAAUCCAUGUCAGUGAAUAUAUAGAUGGAAAACCAUUGUUCUUCUGCACCACUUAUCUGUAAGUACUCACUCUCUCUUUCUUUCUUUCUCUCUCACCUCUCUCCUUUUCCCCUAUUGUUUGUUGUGUUUAUUUUUUUGUUUUAUGGUCCAAAAUAGUAAUGGUUUCAAUCUUAAGCUUCCCAAUUUCUUGGAACAACACCUUCUUCAGAUAUCAUUAAUAUAUUCCUGUUUCCGAACUACUAGAAAGGUCUGACUUUCUAAUUUAGGUGUGUCUGGUUCUGUCUUUCAUUUUUGAAGAUUUAGAAAAUUGCAAUGUGCUUUAAUCAGCCCAUAGUUUCAUUUCUUGCUUUGCCACUGAAAAAUUUUUAAUUCAUUUUUCACUGUAUGAUCUCCCUCAUAAAUUGUUCCGGAUUGGACUUCAGGGUUUCUAAUACAGUAGUUACAUUUGCAUAUUGCUGUUGUUGGCUUUUUAUUGAUGUUUUGUAUGACAGAGGAUUUUACUCUUUUGAAUCUGUGUGAGUUGAGUUUCUCAUUAAAUACUUAGUUGCUUGGAUUUCUGAAUUUGCUUCUGUUUUGCAAAUUUUCUUAUGUACUUCUGUUUAUUUUGGUGAACUUGUGAACUACAUUCUUCUUUGAAGGUGAUACAAUUACAAACAGCAAGAGAGAAGCUUAGUUGGGGGUUUGGGGGGAACACAAGCUUUAAUUAGAAGUAAAAGAGGUUUUAUGGACUGGAACUUGAAAGCACCAUCUUCGUGGGAUUUGAGUGAACUUGAGCAAGAAACCUUUUCCAACUUAGACACGGUUAAUGGGUCUAGUAGCCUUGGAGAUCAACAUAGGGCCAUCAAAGGGGACUUUUCUGUUGAUUUGAAGCUUGGUCAGUUGAGUGAUUCAGGUAAUAAUCAGUUGGUGGAUAUGUUGAAGCAACAUGGAGGUCCCAAACCUUCAUCGUCAUCGCCUUCCGGGGCUUCAAAGAGGUCAAGGGCAGCUUAUAAUGGAUCCCAGACAGUUUCUUGCCUUGUUGAUGGGUGUAGAUCAGACCUUAGUACUUGUAGGGAUUACCAUAGGCGCCAUAAGGUCUGUGAGCUGCAUUCUAAGACUCCAAUGGUCACAAUUAAUGGUCAGAAGCAACGAUUCUGCCAGCAAUGCAGCAGGUUCCAUUCACUGGAGGAAUUUGAUGAAGGAAAGAGAAGCUGCAGGAAACGUCUUGAUGGACACAACCGUAGGAGAAGGAAGCCUCAACCCGAACCCUUGUCGCGUUCAGGAAGCUUCUUGUCCAACUACCAAGGUACCCAAUUGUUGCCAUUCUCUAGCUCACUUGUAUAUCCCUCCACCACUGUUGUGAACCCAACCUGGGCUGGAGUUGUCAAAGCUGAAGCCGAUACGGGGCUUCAUAACCAUCAUCUACAACACCAGAACAUGUUUAUCGGGUCCUCAACCAGCAGCAGCAGCUACAAUAAAGGAGCAGGGAACAAGCAGCAAUUCGCACUUUUCCAAAGUAGUAACAACAACCAAACUCAUGGAGCUUCUGUCUGCCAGCCCCUUCUGAAUAGCAUUUCAAUGUCAGAAACUGCUACUUCUGGGGCUGCUGCGUCUGAAAAGAGCAAAAUGUUUUGUGACAGGUUAACAACAACUCGAAUCCACCCCGAUUCGGAUUGUGCUCUCUCUCUUCUGUCAUCACCGCAGACGCAGCAGCAGACAUCUGAGAUGGGUUUGAGACACAUGAUGCAGCAGCCUAAUUCGAUAUCUCUCAUGCACCACCACCGCCUCGGCCUUCAUGGGAACAACAACAGCAACAGUAUAGAGCCAAUGGAUUCAGUUCUGGUCUCCCAUGGAUCAAGUGACCAUGCACAUAAUGUUCAUCAGUCCUCAGGAAUGUUCCACAUGGGAUCUGAUGAGUCACAGGGAAAUCAUCAUCAUCAGAGCCCUCAAAAACUUCCCUUUCAUUGGGAGUAGUAGCUACAAAGAAUCACCCGUUUCUUGUAGAUUACGUUGCAUAAUGUAUUUGGAACCUCCUGUAAGAUUUUGGAGGCCUUUCUUAAUUUCAUUAGGUCCUGGAAACAUAAUUACAGAUACUAGCAUUCAGAAUUUCAGAUACUUCCAGCUGCUAUAAAUAUAUUUGGCUCCUCAGGAAUCAUUGAUGGGAGACCAUUGCAGC